GCUCCUUGGCGCCGAAGGCCCGGUUGAUGCCCUCGGUGACGGGCUUAAGGCAAUCGCUGCCGGAGAACGGACGCAUCGUGUGGCAAGCUGGAAUGUGUGUGCGGAAAAGGAAUGGAGUACGCUUUAGUCGAGCUCAGGUUGCGUGCCACAGGUUCUUCGCUUCGCCAGCAAUGGACCCAGUGAUUUGGUCCUGGUCAAGGAGCAGAAUGGCGUGCGAGAGAUAACGCUGAAUCACCCAAAGACUCUCAACUCCCUCUCACUGGACAUGAUGUGUGCCCUUCAAGAUGCCCUGCUGAAAGACAAGGACAACGUGGAUCUGAGAUGCGUGGUCCUGACGGCCCAAGGAAAGAUCUGGUCGGCAGGGCACAAUCUCAAGGAGCUGCACAACGACCCCAAGAUACAGGCUUGUGUGUUUCAGAAGCUAACCGACGUUAUCAACGACAUCCAGAGGCUACCGGUGCCGGUUUUAGGAAAAGUCAAUGGCUAUGCGGCUGCUGCAGGCUGUCAACUGGUGGUCUCAUGUGACAUGGUAGUCUGCACCAAGAACAGCAAGUUCUCCACUCCCGGGGCUGGCGUCGGAGUAUUCUGUUCCACACCCGGCGUCGCGGUUGCCCGCAUUAUGUCGCGUCCAAAGUCCGCCUAUAUGCUAAUGACCGGUCUUCCUGUCACCGGUGAAGAAGCCUACAUAUCGGGAAUGGUCACCAAAGCGGUUCCUGCAGAGGAACUUGAUAACGAGAUCGAGGAAAUCACCAACGCCAUCAAGGCGAAAAGUCGGGCCGUCAUCUCUCUGGGAAAGGAGUUCUACUACAAGCAGCUGGCCAUGUCCCAGGCAGAAGCCUUUACUGCUGCGCAGGAGAAGAUGUGCGAGAACUUCCAGCUGGGCGACACCAAAGAGGGCAUUGCUAGCUUCUUUGAGAAGCGUCCACCCAACUGGAAGCACAACUAAUCGCAACGUACGAUGUAUAACUAUGAAACAAAACUCGCCAGCUGUGCAUUUAUACUCGUAAGCUUGAAUUGUCCAAAGUGACUUAAAAAUUGUUAAUAUGAAAUGUUAUUUUUAAAAUACAUUUUAUAAAAAUAAAAUAAAACAAAUUGUCGUGCUUUCAAAAAGUGCUCAUUCCUUUUUAGGUGUUACGUUUAUUAAAAAGUGUUUUGUGAAAAUAUUUAAAAAAAUACAAUUACAAAUUUGAAUAAAUAAUAUGUAUGUAAUAAUGUAAGUGAUUAUGUGCAUUUGAAAUUUGGCAGUAAGAGUCUGUUUUUUAAGAGAAACCGGUUCUAUUGAUGUGAGUCUUUUUUUUUAUGGUUACUUAAGAGGAAACUGGAUGAGACGAAGAAAAUUCCUGGGGCCGCGAUGGCGUAUUAUAUAAAAAAAACAAAAUAAAAAUUUGUAAUUUGUAAUUGUUGCUCAGCCUAAGCUGAUAUGUUUUAAAUAUUUGUUGAGCUCUUCGCAUUGAAUGAAUUGUAACAGAAUACGUCUAAAAGAUGAACCACUCGUAGUUUUUGUAUUUGUAUAAUAUAGGUACAGCAAAUGUAUGCAUAGGUGCGCUAAAUGUAUGUUCUAAAAGUAAGC